GGCAGGAGCAGGGGGCGGGCGCAGCGGCGCGGCGGGGCCGCGGUGUGGGCGGAGCGACGGCGGCGGCGGCCUGGCGGAGUCUGCACAACCGGCACCAUGUCGAUUAUGAGCUAUAACGGCGGGGCCGUCAUGGCCAUGAAGGGGAAGAACUGCGUGGCCAUCGCUUCGGACCGGCGGUUUGGGAUCCAGGCGCAGAUGGUCACCACCGACUUCCAGAAGAUAUUCCCCAUGGGGGAGCGGUUGUACGUCGGCCUGGCAGGGCUGGCCACCGACGUGCAGACCGUUGCCCAGAGGCUGAAGUUCAGGCUGAACCUCUAUGAGCUGAAGGAAGGGAGGCAGAUCAAGCCCCAGACCUUCAUGAGCAUGGUGUCCAACCUGCUGUAUGAGAGAAGGUUUGGCCCUUACUACACAGAGCCUGUCAUAGCUGGGCUGGACCCCAUCACCUAUGAGCCCUUCAUCUGCUCCCUGGACCUGAUCGGCUGCCCCAUGGUCACCGACGACUUCGUGGUCAGCGGCACCUGCUCCGAGCAGAUGUAUGGCAUGUGUGAGUCCCUCUGGGAGCCUGACAUGGAGCCAGACCACCUCUUCGAGACCAUCUCGCAGGCCAUCCUCAACGCCGUGGACAGAGACGCCCUGUCUGGCAUGGGGGUGGUGGUGCACAUCAUUGAGAAAGACAAAAUCACCACCAGGACCCUGAAGGCUCGCAUGGACUAGCCCAGGGCAGCUCAGCCUCCUCCAGCCCACAGCCUGCUUGGACUCUCUUCUUUUUUAAAUAAACCUCUCUGUUGUACUGAG